AUGGAAACAAUUCAUUUGGUCGAGUUUGAUGGCAAGACCAUCGAAACAACAGUCACGAGCCGUUCCUCCACGGCUCAACGCUGGCUGCAAAACAUCGUCAAACUUCUGAACCAACACAGAACAAAACGAAUUGUCGGGAUGGACUGUAAGUACAUACGCCACCCGAUCAACUCGAUGAGCAACAAAACAGCCACACUGAACCUAUGUGUGGGAACCAAAUGCCUCGUCAUUCAACUGCUGCACAUUAAUCGCAUCCCUCAAUCCAUCACGGAUUUCCUAAGCGACCCGCGCAAUAUGUUUGUCGGCAUAGAAAUCCUCGAGAACUCGAGGAAAUUGCAUAAAGAAUAUGCUCUCGAUGUCGACCGCAAAGUCGACCUGCACUUUUUAGCAAAGCAUUGGUUUCCAGUGAGGUAUAAUGGGAGGCCAAGUUUAAGGGCUCUCGCGUCUAGAAUAAUCGGGCUAAAUGCAAGGAGGAAGUGUGGUGAUAACAAUGAGGGAAAUUGGGAAUCGGUUGUUCUUAAUGAGGAGCUCGUCGAGCAAGCUUGUGCAGAUGCCUAUGCACUUUACAACAUUGCUUGCAAAUUGUUAACAUGA